AUGGGUUUGCUGUCCCUAUGGGUUGCUAGGGGAGCUCCAUACGCAGGCCUUUAUCCUAGGGUCUACGUAGGUAAAGCGCGAGCACUCGCUCACCAACAGCACCCGGUAUUCCCUCAGUACGAUCUGUUGACGUUCACCAACAGCACAGCACAGCUCAAUGACACUAUCGCGUGUGUCUGGCGUUCAUUCACUCAGGUUAAACAUAGAAUGUCGUUACGAAUAGACGACUCCUCAAUGUUCACCUCAGCUCUACAAUUAAACGGGAAAAAUGAGGAUAAUGUAGUGGAGGGAAAUGGAAGCAAUGAGCCGACAACAAAUGGUGGGACGCCGUCACCGGAAGCGCCAACUAACACGUUUGAUAUUGAAGCGCAGCAGAAAGCGUUUCAAAGAUUCACGUCCAGUCUUGGGCUUGGUGGGUUUCGUUCCGCAUUCAAUAUGAAUGUACUGCCUCCGUUUCUCGCCGCCCUUCAACAAAACCCGCUAGCUUUGCAGCAACAGUUGCUCGGUCUUACUAGUGGUUUGAAUGGUGUCUCACCUGGGCUGGAUGAGGAUGAAGACAAUGAAAACAGUGCCACAACGGAGCCAGAAGACCUAACAAUGAGUUUCCGGAAGGAUAGUAAAGUAGAUGAUCAACAUGGUGAAAGUGGUGGAUCGCUGGGCGGUGGGCCAUCAUGGUCAUAUGAGGAACAAUUUAAACAGCUAUAUGAACUUUCCGAUGAUGCGAAAAGAAAGGAAUGGUUGGAUGAUUGGCUGAGUUUUAUGCACAGAAUUGGAAAGCCAGUGACUCGAAUACCAAUAAUGGCAAAACAAGUGUUGGACCUGUACGAACUUUAUCGGCUUGUAGUGCAACAUGGUGGUCUCGUUGAGAUUAUUAACAAAAAACUUUGGCGAGAAAUCACUAAAGGUCUCAACCUGCCUUCCAGUAUUACUUCGGCGGCGUUCACUCUUCGAACACAGUAUCAAAAAUACCUGUACGACUAUGAAUGUGAGAAGGAGGCGUUGUCGAAUCCUUCAGACCUUCAAGCAGCAAUCGAUGGAAAUAGGCGAGAAGGACGUCGGAAUGCAUCGGCGCCUAACUUUGGCCCUUUGGGAUACCCAUUACCGCACGCAUCGUCAGCGGCCAAUCUUCUCGGCAAACCAUUCAGUGGUCUUGGAAUGAGAAAUGACUUCUUGGACGACGAAAACGGGUUGAGUAUGUCUUUACCGCAAAAUAACCUCCUUGCUGCAUACCGGGCGGAACAAAUUGCAAUGUUUGAAGCGCAACAACGACAAAUGGAAAGGGCGCAGAGAGCGGCUGCUGAGGCCGUUGCACGACAUGGCGGUUUAGCGCUAGCUCCAUCCGGACGUGCUUCACCGUCAUCGGUAGACUCGGAAGCACCAGCAAAGCGGGCCCGGGUGUCCGAGACCACAGACACACCUGCGCCGUCUGGAGGACAAAUGAAAAUAACCACGAGGAAGCCGGAAGGACAACAAUCGGAUAAUUCGAUGGUCGUCUCAAUGGAAAUCAACGGUGUUACCUAUCAGGGUGUAUUGUUCGCCUUGGAAGAGAACAGCAAGUCAUAA